GGGUGUCCUCCUGGGAACUUUGUCUUCAUUAAUGAUGCGGGGGAUACCGCCACAUGUGAUCCGUUCAAUCCUCCGAAUGCUCCUUGCCCAGAAGGAUUCACCUGCCAGUGGUCCACGGCGAAUCAAAGAUAUCAGUGCUGCGGUUCGAAUCCUUCACCGCCAUCCGUCAGAGUUAUGGAGUGCUCUGCUGACGAGAUUUCCGUGAAUGGUCUGUGCUUGCCACGUGUUGGGCAUGGGCAGGACUGCCAACAGUCUGAACAAUGUACUGGUGGAGCAGUUUGCGAUGCCGGAAUCUGCGUCUGUCCCCCAUCCACUCAGUCGAUAGGCGGGUUCUGUCAGGCCGAACUUAAAUGUGCACCAGAGCAGGUCAAGCAGGGAAAUGUCUGCCACAACCGAGCUGAACUGGGCAAACCGUGUGAGAUCUCGGAACAGUGUCCUGAUCAGGCAUCGUGCGUUGAAGGAGUUUGUGAGUGCAACGGGAAGAUGAUAAAUUUGAAUGGCAAAUGCGCAUCGGCGAGCGCUCGUUCAAAAAUAGUCCAGAGCAAAUCUGGUGCAUCAAAAUGUUCGAAUGCCAAUUCGAAAGCAUUGAUCUCGGCGGAUACUGGAAGGGUAGUGUUCUGCAGCCCCAAGGUGUGUCCAUUAGGACGUGUACCGUAUCUCAUCAACGGCCUACCGCAAAAAUGUGUUAAGCAACGUUGUCCGAAAGGUUAUGAGUGCACUUACAAGAACCACGACUACCUGUGUUGUUCGACUGCAGGCAAAAAGCCUGGAAAGCAGCAGAGCACGAUUUCUACUGCAAGUAAGUGA